AUGAGCGACAACACUCCCACCGCAGACACCGACGAGCCUGCACCUGCUGAACCCGCCACUCCCAGCACUGGAGGCGCCUCCGCCGAGCGGCCCAGGCCCCUGAAGCGUAACCCUGACUAUCCCGCGCUCGUCCUCUCGCUCUCCCGGACAUUCCGUGCUAAAGGAACAGCAAGCUUCCACUCCUUCAAAACCCUCUGGUCCACCCUUCUCCCCAACCCAUCCACCCUCCCCCCCAAAUCCAUCCUCGCCCUCUACUCCGCCGCCCAACACCCCCAAGUCAACACCCUCACCCGCCUCUACACCCUCUACUACACCUACUACAACAGCAAGCUCGACGACAAGCGCCUGCAGUAUUCCCGUAUCCCUGAGAAGCGGGGCCAUGUGCAUGUCCGCCUCACGCCCGAGGCGUAUGCGGACCUGCAUGCGUUUUAUGAGGGAUGUGCGAGGAGGAAGAUGACGGAGCCGGUCUAUAUGUGGAAUCGGAUGAGGGGGGAGAGUGCGGUUUGGGUUGUGCCGUUUGUGUUUGUGGAGGGGGUGAAGGAAGGGGAGAGGGAGGGGGCGAAGUUUGGGCGGGGAAGGGAAAAGAAGGGACGUGGGAAGCUUGCUGCUACGGAUCAGCAAUUGAAAGAGCUGGGCGGUAUUGCGCAAGGAUAUGCUCAGCCGUUGUUGUCUGCGGAACGAGCCUCAAAGCUUACUCAACUCCUCGAUCAAUACGAGUCUGCCAAGUCCGGUUUACCAAAUCUGCCGACGACAACACCAUUAUCCCAGGGUAUCAAAGUCAAAUCAACCCUCAAAGACUCAACCUCAGAACCAGCAACAGUUCUAUGGCACCUGGAAGAAGCCGAGAGGAACCGGGCCGCCAUGCUGACAACAAUGAUGCUGGACGACGAUUUUGAGGAUGCUGAGGGGAGUGGAUCAGGAAGCGGCUCUGAGGAGGACGAUGAUCGAGGGGACAACAUUCACCCACGGAAGAGGCUGCGGAAGGGGGCAGGGGGUUGA